UUUCUUCUUUUUAUGAUAGUCUUGUUUAUUCGGUAUUCGGUGUUUAUUGGAAAAUGUUUUUGUUUUUAAAAACAACAACUUCAGAGUGUUGUAUAGGUCUUUAAAGUCCCUAACUUAACCUCUGUUGUUGGGGUCAUAACUUUUACUGCGUAUUUUUGCAUUUUAGGCAAUGUCUCAAACAGAAAAACCAAUGAAAAUAUCAAAGCAAUUACGAUUGCAAGGCCAAGGAUUCCUACUAUCAAGGAAUAACUCUGAAAUGUUAAUGGGGAUUAUUCAACAUUUUGAUUGUGGGGCGGAUCUGCAUUCCUGUUUACUAACAUUAGAAAUGAUAUUUUCCACCCUUUUAAAGGACAGAAAUAUGUACAUAGAAGUCAUCCCUUUAAAACCGAUAGAACAGACUCCAGAAAAUCAGUAUAAGGAUUGGUUGAGAAAUGUGUAUGAAGAAUGUUUUACUAAAAUUGUGCAUACCAUGGAAAAUGCUUCACCUAAGAUUCAAACACAGGGAUUAUCUACAGCCAUGAACUUAUUAUCAUAUGAGGGAAAAUAUCCCUUGGAAUCUAAAGGCACUUUUGAAAAUUAUGUACCUUUGUCUAAAUUGAAAUCUAUCCUUAUAAAAAUGUUAUCUAAUAAACAAAACAAUGUCCAACUGGUCAAUAAAUAUACUGAAUAUUUAUUGUUUGAUGAUAUCUUGUUCUUCACAUGGAAAUUAUUACCAUCUUUAACUGCAAAAUCGAAUCCGAAUGAAACAUAUAUUAUGAAUUACCUAGCAUUACUAGAAAAGCUUCAGGUACACCAAAAUAAUGAUACUAAAAUAUUAUGCAGCGAAGGAAAUGGAUCAUUUUUUACCUUUGAUGAAACGGUUACUAUUAAAUCAUUAAAUAAAAUUUGGCAUUGUGUGAUGCACUGGGAGCAUACUCCACUAACUCAUAAGAAAAUGUUAAUUGUAUUACUAGAAAGAGUGCUUACAAAUCUUGAAAAACCUCUUCUUCUCACGGAUUUCCUUAUGGAUUCCCUAGAUGUAGGAGGAUCUAUUAGCCUUUUAGCACUGCAGGGUAUAUUUACUAUGAUACAGGUGCACAAUUUAGACUACCCGAAUAUAUUUACCAAAUUGUAUUCAAUGUUUGAACCAGAAAUAUUUCACACAAAAUACAAGGCUAGACUUUUCUACUUGUCGGAUCUCUUUAUGAGUUCAACUCAUCUACCAGAAAAUCUAGUUGCAGCAUUUGCCAAAAGAAUGGCCAGACUUGCACUAAUUGCACCGUCAGAGGAUAUCAUUAUUAUUUGCAAUUUUAUAGGAAAUCUUAUUUUAAGACACCCUGGUUUAAAAUGUUUACUCAACAAUUCAGAUCGAGAUACAGCAAACACUGACCCUUACAUUAUGGAAGAACGAGAUCCAGUCAAAUCUAAUGCAAUCAAUAGUUCUCUAUGGGAAAUCAAGACUCUUCAAAGCCACGUUCAACCCAGCGUUUCAUCAGCCGCCAAAUUCAUAAACACACCUUUGCCAAGUGUCGAAUGGGACCUGAGCAAAGUUCUGGAUAAAACCGGUGAUGAUAUGUUCGAUAAGGAAGUUAAAAAAUUCAGCAAAUUGAUUGUUUUGCAAUUUGAAAAGCCCAACGGGGCUUCUAUAGGUAAAGGAGAGAGAUUACUUCAGUUUUGGGAUUUCUAAUUUGUAUGAAUGUUGUUUUUUAAUGUGUAACAUAUUUUCUUGUCAAAGGAGGAACCUGAUAUGAAAGCAGAUUAAUUAAAAAAAUAUAUUCAUUUGAUAUUCGCUUAGAUACCAGAUUUUUCCUUUUCUGUUCUUACAUAUUAUAUAUUGUUAGUUUUUCUGUUACUUUUUAGAACUGUUUUUAAUAAUUUUGUAAGUAUUUGUCAAAUUAUAGCCGAUACUAUUGUUUAAUUAAUUAUUAGUAGUUAUAUUUUAUAAUUGCUUCUUUUAUAGCAGGCUAUUCUUAAAAACCGAACAUCACAAACGCGUUGUUUUUAAGUUACAUUAAUUUGCAGCUUCUUAACUGAUUUAAUAAUUACGUACAUUCCAAAAUUUUCUUAUUUUAGAAUUUGUAGAGUUUCAGAGUGUUACAUUUUAAAAUCGAGAAGAAGUUACACGAAUAUUAAUUAAUUUAGAAUCCUAUUAACUACAAAUUUAAUUGUUUAUUAUAUUGACUUACUUUUCUACUUAGAGCACUCUGAAAUAUUACAUAAUUUGAAUAAAAAAAUUUUAAUCCACAGUUAACAAAAUAUAAAUUUAGGGGCAGUUGUUCAACAAUGAACCACCUAAAAUUUGGAAUGGCUGUAAAUCGAUCCAAUUGUAACAUGGGGUCAUGAAACUUUGGCACGUAUUAGUCUAUAUAUUUGCAGUUCUUUUUAUAUUAUCAAAACAUUAAUCAACAUUUUUGGUUCAGAAUGGCAUACAUUUUUUUAAAAAGUAGCAUGUGGUUCAUUGUGCCCACCGGGUGGUACACAAUGAAUCAGUCGAGCGGACACAAUGAACCACGCAAAAGAAACUUAAAAUACAGCGGAAACAAUUUUUAA